AUGGCCGAAGGGGCUGAUGUAUCGGGUAAAUGGCGCAACGAAGAUGAUGUGCCUAGGGCUUUGAUAGAGCUGACAAUGUUUCCGUAUUACUGGAAAUUCGAAUUGGGUGGCCGUGGGGUGCGUGUGAGCAGUUGCUUGAGGGCUUUCGGAAUGGGGUAUCGCGCAGGUAUUUUGGAAGCUGAACAGGGAACGCGGAAGCCAAAUGAACACCCAUCAUGGUGGACAAAUAAGUUCCUAGAUCAGCCAUAA